AUGACCACGGAACCAAAGAGCGACUCUGUCGCUGAGCACAUGGAGGUGCAAGAAAUUCAGGAGCCUGACCCCAAGGUCUCAGCAUCUACAAUCAUGGCCGUUUUUUUUAUGGGAAUGACAUAUGUCCCUGCAAUCACGUGCGGCCUAGUCUUGUCGAGCUUUCUUCUUGCCCAGAUCGGAGUUCAGCUCAACGAUACCAAGAACGUUUCCUGGAUUCCUACUGCAUGGUCUGUUGCUUCGGCUGUCUCCUUCGCCAUUGCUGGUGGCUUAAGCGAUAUCUUCGGGAGGCGCAACGUCUUGCUAUCCGGACAAGUAAUAGUUUUAGUCGGCUCGAUCGUUGCUGGAACGGCGAAAACUGUUCUAACUAUUGUAGCCGGGUCAACUAUCAUCGGCUUCGGAGCAGGAAUCAUCUUCGUGUCGUAUCCUGGUAUCUCAGAACUCCUGCCUAACAAGUAUCGUGGUAUCGGCCUAGGAUGGACCGAGUUCUGCAUUGGUUUCCCGUGGAUUGUUGCCGGUGUUCUCCUUGCAAACCAGCUCAACGAGCAUGCCACGUGGCGGUGGAUCUAUUACAUUGGUAUUAUCUACUCUGGUGUUGUCAUUGUAGGAACGGCGGUCUUCUACUUUCCCCCUUCGCGGCCACAAGGGGACUACGAAAGGACACGCUGGCAAGAGUUCAAGGACCUAGACUUUAUUGGGCUCCUUCUUUUUACUGCCGGCAUCGUUCUCUUCCUCGUUGGAUUCGCUUAUCUCGGACAACCGACAUACUCCAAGUCCCUCGUUGCGUCGACCACUGUUAUAGGAGGCUUAGUACUCAUUGGUGCUUUUGCUUAUGACUUCACCAUUCCCAAGAAUCCUAUCUUCCCCUUCCAUUUGUUUUCCAUGUUCCGUGAGUACACCGUCCACCUGGUGGUUUUGUUUAUUGCCGGAAUGAUCUGGCAAACCGUCACGACAUGGGCUCCGCAAGCCACCCUCUUUAUUUUCACCCAUGACCCAGUCCAGAUUGGCUUAGUUCAGAUGCCAAAUAAUUGGGCUGGUUUUGUGGGUGGCUGGGUAUUCCCUUCGCUUGUCCACAAGAUCAAAAAUAUCCGCUACCAGAUAAUUUUUGCCCUAGUUUUGCAGACUGUGUUCACGGCCCUAUAUGCUGUCGCCAUUCCCAAGCACAAGUGGAUGUGGGCCGUCUUCCAGCUCUUUGGCCAAUGCUGCUUUACCUGGGUUACAACUUUAGCCUAUGUAUCUUCAAGCCUAUGUGUGCCGCAGGAAGAAUUGGGUGUAUCAGCGGGCUUGAUCGGAACCUUUCGGAGUGCCGGCGGGAGUGUUGGGAACACGAUAUUUUCGACAAUCAUUACCUCUGUCUUGAAUAAAAGACUUGCUCCAAACAUCAUUAAAGCUGCCUUGGCUGCUGGAUUCCCGGCGGAUCAGCUGGAGAAGUUGGUCCCCGCCGCCAUAGGAGCAGGUAUGGGCGCCCCAAAUACGUUUUCGAAUAUUCCGGCUGCAACAGCUGCAGUGAUCGCGGCGACACAGGCAGCGUUUAAAGAUGCGUAUGCCCACGCCUUCAAGGUGGUCUUCUUAGCCACUAUUCCCUUUGGAGUUGUUGCCAUAGUCGCUGCUCUUUUUCUGAAAGAUGCUAGUCACCUUUUGAACAAUAAAGUUGCGGUACGACAGGAGAAGGAGGUUUUAGCUAGGAAGAGUGUCACAGUCUGAUAUGCAGCACUAGUCUCCGG